UGGUCUUUGUCUUUAUAUUCACAAAACUUCUUCCCAAUUGUUUCUCGUUUUGUUUUCUCUCUCUUUUUUUCCUUAAUAUUAAUACUAGUAAUUAACAUUAUUAUAACAUACAUCAGUUUUGGCUUAAGGAAAAAUCUCUUCCGUUUCCUCUUUCGUUUCAGGCAUGGAUUUUGUGGAGUUAAAGAGAAGGAGCAGCACUUCCAGGAAACUGCUCUUGGUUGCUGGCAUUGCUGCAAUUUGUUUUCUUAUAUUCAGAAAUUCAUCUGGUUUUAGUACCUCCGUCAAGUUUUCUCAACACGAACCUGGUGUAACUCAUGUAUUAGUGACUGGAGGUGCUGGCUACAUAGGUUCUCAUGCUGUCCUUAGACUCCUAAAAGAUUCAUACCGUGUAACUAUUGUGGACAACCUUUCGCGUGGAAAUAUGGGUGCUGUAAAAGCUCUCCAGGAACUUUUUCCCGAGCCAGGGCGACUUCAGUUUAUUUAUGCUGAUCUAGGAGAUGGUGCUGCUGUUAACAAGAUUUUCUCACAAAAUGCAUUUGAUGCUGUGAUGCAUUUUGCAGCUGUUGCAUAUGUUGGUGAAAGUACUCAAGAACCGCUUAGGUAUUAUCAUAACAUCACGUCAAAUACUCUGCUUCUAGUUAAGGCAAUGGCUGCACAUGGUGUAAAGACACUAAUUUAUUCAAGUACUUGUGCAACAUAUGGAGAGCCUGAGAAAAUGCCUAUUACAGAAGAGACGCCACAAGCCCCAAUAAAUCCAUAUGGAAAAGCAAAGAAAAUGGCUGAAGAUAUCAUACUGGACUACUCCAAGACUUCAGAUAUGGCUAUUAUGAUAUUAAGGUACUUCAAUGUGAUCGGCUCAGACCCUGAAGGAAGGUUAGGAGAAGCUCCACGGCCAGAAUUACGUGAGCAAGGUCGGAUAUCUGGUGCUUGUUUUGAUGCAGCCAGGGGCAUAAUUCCAGGAUUGAAGAUAAGAGGAGUAGAUUACAUCACACCAGAUGGCACUUGUGUAAGAGACUAUAUCGAUGUGACUGACCUAAUUGACGCUCAUGUUAAAGCUCUCGAGCAUGCAAAACCUAGCAAAGUUGGCAUCUACAAUGUUGGGACUGGAAAAGGUAGUUCAGUGAAACAAUUUGUGGAAGCUUGUAAAAGGGCAACAGGAGUGGACAUAAAGAUUGAUUACCUGAGUAGACGUCCAGGAGACUACGCUGAAGUGUACAGCGAUCCUUCUAAAAUUAGGCGCGAACUGAACUGGAUAGCAAGGUAUUCACUUGAAGAGAGUUUAGCAAUAGCAUGGAGAUGGCAAAAGGUACACAGAAAUGGUUACAACUAAAGUAACUCAGUUUUGCUGAUCAGGUUAAUGCCUGGAGGAGACAGGAUUAGCUUUUGCUAAUUCAGAUUCUUAUCGAUAUCCCAUUUUGUUAUAGCUUUACAGUUUACUAGAUGUAUAUCCGCCUUUACAUAUUCUUUGUUUAUCAAUAGGCAAUUUUAAAUUACCAGGUGAUUUGGAUAACAAAAUGUAUACAUGAGACAUAAAGUGACAAGAAGGUAGCUGGGAAAAUGGAAAUAUCCACAGAUGAUUCUAUAGCAUCUUAGUUUUGUUUGUAAUUCUAAGAUCAAUAAAUUUUGUACUUCUUCAUUUAA